ACCCACCACCACCCACUACCACAACCACAUUUCUUCGUCCACAAAUUUCUUCGGCUGUGGUAAAUCGGCUUGUGAUCAGGCUAAAGUCGUUGAUUCCACAUGUUACUCGUGUAUCAUUGGGGCAGUCGACGCGGCAUUUUCAAGCAGUAAACAUAUGCACGCAAUCCGAUUUGCUAGCAAGUGGAGAGGUUCCCUCAUACAAUAACGAUUUUUACCAUUUCGAAAUGAGCACUGUUCGGCCCCUUAAUGCCGCCCUGCAAGAAAUUUGCACCACAGAAUUGAACGAGAUUCCAGCCCGUGUGUCCCAGGACAUCGAGGCGCUGAGGGAUUGGGUACUGAAGCAACCACAUCUGCGGGCCUGCACCGACGACCAGUUCCUUCUCGCCUUUCUGCGCGGAACCAAGUUCAGUCUGGAAAGGGCCAAGGAGAAGUUCGAUCGGUUCUACACGCUGCAGAGGUCCAUUCCCGAGGUCUUUAAUGAUCGGCGUCUGGCCAACGAUCCCCAGGUGCUGGAUAUUGUAAGAACGGGAGUACUCCUUCAAAUUCCCAUGGAUGCAGACGAUCCGGGACCGCGGGUGACCAUAAUCCGAGCUGGUUCCUAUGACACGAGCAAACACAAGUUCCAGGACAUAAUCCGCGUGGGUUCCAUGUUCGGCGAGAUCAUGAUGUUCGAGGACGACAACGCCACGGUCAGUGGCUAUGUGGAGAUAAUGGACAUGGCUGGAGUUACGGGAUCCCAUCUCUUUGCCCUGCAGCCACAGUUGCUCAGUAAGUUUUCCACAUACGCGGAUGAGGCGAUGCCGACGCGUCAAAAGGGCAUACACUUCAUCAAUGUUCCUGCGGCCUUUGAAACUGGGUUCAAUUCCUUGAGGUCUUUUUUCCCGGCCAAAAUCAAGAGUCGGAUCUCGGUGAGCUCCGAUCCAGCGGCCAUAAACGAGCUAGUGCGUCGCGAGUAUUUGCCCCAAGAAUACGGAGGAACUGGGGGUACUCUGCAGGAUAUAAGCCACACCAUGGAAACAAAACUGUCCAGUUACGGGUCCUACUUUCAGGAAAGUCAGUCUUUCGGUGCCAAUGACAAGCUGCGCGAGUUUGGAGUCCAUGUGCGAAGGAACCAUCGUUCCUCCUUCGGAGCUGUGGGCUCGUUCCGGAAACUGGAAAUCGACUAAAAAUAAGUGAUGGGAGCAGCGUAGAUUCAAAAUAAAGCUUGAGAAUCACCUGCCUUAAUCUUAUCUGAAAUUGAAGCGGGUAUCUGAUAGCCGAGGAACUCGUCGAGUCGAGUUCCCACUUGUUAAAAUUUGCAAUGGUUAGAUAUGUUGUUGUUUGUUCUAUUGCUAUAUUAGUACAUUGUGCAUGAAAGAUAUUUCAAUUAAUAUAAUAAGCCGAAAUUGUU